ACUUUUUUCUUCUUUCUAUCUGGUUACCCUAGCUUCAACAAAUGGAAUGCAUGCUGAUGAAUUGAGACGCGCGACAACUUUAGUUUGAAAUGUAAUUGUUGUUGACUAAAGCAUCGUUGAGAUGGCAAUUAACCGCGGGGAUUGUGGCUGGAAGAGCUUAGUUGUGGCUUGUCGAUUAUUCGGAAUAGUAACUGCCCUCGGUAAGUAAAACCGAUGAUGAUGUUUUAACUUUGACCUCGAGUCAACUCGUGUGAUGUUUAGCCACAUUCAUUGCGAUAUUUACAUAUUUGACAAGCUAUAUAUUAUUACCAUACAACAACAUAUUAUUUGAUAUUAACAUCACAGCAUUAAAAUCUUUAAUUGGAAUUUAUACCUAAACUAACAGCUUCUUGUUUACAGAAUUACUUCACCAGACCAGUGGUAACCUAUUCAAUUCAGUUUCAGCCAUAUUUUUGGGGGGUAGCAUGAUUUGGAGCUUCUUCAAACUUCUUGUUUAUGAAUAUGAAGUUGUUUGUUUACUUACGACUUAAUAAUAUUACCAUAUUACAUACUCUUUACUUAAUUCACUAGUAAGGUACUUUAACAGCCUCUAGUACUAUUAAUAAUACUAUUAUGUUCAUCUUACGUCACAUAAAAUUUAUCUACCUAAAUUCUAAAUUAUUAUAAUUUUAAUAAAUUUAAAACUAGCUCUAGGUAAAUGUUUGUUUGGCUGGCAUCUCAUUUCCCAUAGCCGCCUCAGGCCAUCUUUACAGCAGCGGAGGCCCUGGGCCAGUGAUGCACUGAGGCUCCCAAUCCUCUGUGCCAAUGCCUCUAUAUACUCAGGGCCAUGUCAAGGAGGGAGCGAGAUGGCCGAUCACCCCGAGCGCCAAUAUCAGAGGGUGGCAAAAUCUUCUUAGGAUAGGCCCUUAGUAGUGGAUUAAACGAUAAAAUCCCCAUGUACAAGUUUUUCACAAGAUUUAAAAAAUGAAGAAAAUCAUAUUAUCCAAUAUUUUUUAAUUAAUGAAAACACAACUUACUUUUUCAUUGAAGACACUUUUACACUCUUUAUUGCAGAUUCCACCAAACCAAAAAAACAAAAGUUGUCCAAAAAAUCAAUAGUUAAUACAAUUCCAAUUUUACAAAAUGCCUGAAAAUUUAAAUGUAAUAAUUUUAGCCGACCAAUUAAAUUAUAAUUUAAAACUAAAAAAAGAAAAGAAAAGUUAACUCUAGUAACGAUCCAAGCGAGAAAAUCCUACACUGAAACUCUAAGUGGUGUGCUGAACCAACAUUAGCACUAGCUCUAUGUCAUAGAUAAUGUCUGUCUAAGCAAGUAGGCUAUUUUGAUCAAUUGUAGGACUGUUUUCAAAUAUAUGCAGGGUCUGUAGUCAAUCUAUAAAUGUUCACUUUAAAUGAACAAAAAAAAAACACAAAAAACCCAAUAAAAUAUAUUCUAUAAAUAACAGCAACCAAUAGUUUUCAAAACCGUUAUUCAAAUAUCUGAUAUCAUUUUAUAGCCAUAAUCUUGUGUCUAAAGCAUAAACUCCUUGUGUAUUUUAUUUUCAGUUCUUUGGGGUGUUGGUGUUGAAUAUGUUUUUUAUGGAGCUGUCUUUGGUGUUUAUUACAUGUAAGUCCAUUAUAAAUAUGAUGUUAGUUAUUCACAGUAAUCUGUAACAAGUGUUGCAAUCAUACCUUUGAGUAGUUGUCCCCUAAUUAAAGUUUGAUUAUCACAGGUCAUAUUAUUUGGGCCUGUCUUAAUAUUGCUGCAUUGAAAAGAAACAUGUCUCCGUCUUAUUUUAUUUAUAAAAGAUUUAGGAAUUUUUUUGUAGUAGUUAUAAUUAAAGACAGCAUGGCAUGACAACCACAUCUUAGUUGAUUGUUUUUUUUUAAAUGUUGUUUCAACAAACAAACAAAAUCCUCAUGAGUUCAGCAGUUUGCAUUCAGAUUUAUUGAACAAAAUAUGCUUUUCAUUUGUUUUGACAUAAGCUCCACAUAUUUGUCAUAUAUUUUCAUCAGGCAAUAUUACAGACACGAUCCUUUCAUCACAUUUUUAUCAUUACACAUACGUUGUCCUCAGCUGACAGGGCUUGUUUACAAAUUAUAAAUCGUAAAUGAUAGUAGCCAUACUAAUGGGCAAUUUUUUUUAUCUCAAAGAUUAAAAUUUGUGAAAUAAAUUUAAAGUUUAUUUUAUUGUAGUGGUCAGAAUAAACAAAAUGAUAUAAGAAAUUAUGGGAUUUUUACAAAAAUGGAAUUAAUUAAAGAUAUUUAAAUGUGGAGAACAUUCUUCCUUUACUCUAAUUAAGCUAGUGCAGUGAUAUACCCACUUCCCGCCAACCACAUAUGAUAAUUUAUACCAGUUAUAUUAUGGUUACUGUACAGGAUUAUUUUUAAAAUUCUUUUUAUAAUGGUGCAAAUUUUUAAAAAAAAAUGUUAAAGAGCCACAUGCAGCUAGAGGAUUGCUGAUGGCUGUGCUAGCACAUGAUUAAAAAUCUAUAAAUGUAAACAAAAGUUCUGCUUCGGAAGCCAUAGCCUAUUGGAUUCUCAACAUGGAGUUGUCACUGAGAUAUUUGGCUUCAACAAUUUGCAGUGUUAAUGUACCUUAAGGCACUGUUUUAUUUUACUGAGAAGUUAAAAAAAUAAUUUCUCUUUUUUUCUCUCCAUAUUUCUAGAAUCAUUGCAAUAGUCAUAUCAUUUUUGGAAGUUGUUUUCUUAUUGAAUCAUGUUGUGGAAGUGUGUGUCAGGUAAGUUUAUACAGUUGAAUUCUCUGCUGUCAGAACCAUUGUGCAGUGAUAAAAUAUUUUGUAAUAUAGCUUUAUAUAAGAAGAGAUAAGAAAUUAACCUUCAAAUUAAACCUGCUUUACUUUUAUGUACUAAUUUUAGAAAAAAAAUAUAAUAGAGUAUUUAAUUCUUUUAUAUCCAAUGUUUCGAGAACCAGUGAAUAAAAAUUGUUUUUACAUUUACAGCCGAACUAGUAUAUUGGUGAGAAUUUGGGAUAUUGUUUUGUGUAUUGAUGACUGGAAAAAAGGAGGUCUCUACUUUGUGGUGUUUGCUCCUCCAUGUUUUGUGAAACCAGCAGAGGCAGUUCUAGGUAUUCCUGCAGGUAAUCUCAUCUAUACAUAACAGAUAGUUUCUGUGUCUGAGUUGCGAAAAUGAUCUUCCAUUGUGAAAUCAGGAUAUACAUUUUUGUCAGUAAAAAAUUAGUCUUGCAACUUUCAUUUGUUGUGCUAUUUGGUUCCUGAAAUACAUUUGAAGUUCCCUGUCAGAGCACAAGAAAAAGUAAUCAAAAUUAAAUUUGAAAAAUAACGAGGAAUUUACUAAAGGUGUUAAUUUAUGGACUACGCGUGUGGUGGAUAUUAUUUCAAUGAUUUAAUUUUUUUUAAUCUACUCAAAAGUUGUCAUAUUACCUUAAUUUAAGAAAACUUUUUACAAUGAUGACGUCUUUAUCACUAGAUUAAAUCUAUUUAAUUGUCAAAAUGUUAGUACAGUGAUUCCUAUAGACAUAUAUCCAUGAAGUAGCCGCCUUAUAUUUAAGUAAUUAUAUAUAGUUUAAGGUUUUAUAAACCUUCCCCUUACUCUUUAAACCUUUUCAACAGUCUUAUAAACCCUUCCUUUGCUCUUAAAUACUUUCUACACUCUUGGUCGCCUCCCAUCCAUCAGCCAAUGGUGUGCAAUAGCUGCGUUUUCCAUACAUGCCAGUCUUUGUCUACUCAUUCUGUAUGCUAUGUUUUUUAUUUUGAUAUAAUAUUCUUUUAAUGUUUUAAUUAAUAUCUUGUAUAUUUUUUUAUAUUGUUUUCAAUUUUCUAGGUUAUAAAAUUCUUAUUUUACAGCAAAGAUAUCUAAAAUAAUAAAUAUAUAAAAAAACAUAUCUAUAUAUGCAUGUACCUCAAAAUCUCACAAUAAAGCAAAAAAAUAUACGAUACAAACUUACAUGUAUAUACAAGAAAAAAAUCUAUGAUAAACUGAGGCCGUGAACCUGUGAACUGAGUAAAUAACAGACUUUAAAUUAUAUUUAAUUUUGACCUUGUCGGGGCUUAUGGGACAGUAGCGACAUUGAUUGACCCUUUUCCUCACAAAAAAAAUAUUUGACAUAAGCAGAAAUGAACAAUGGUAAUCAUGGUAAAGCCUGCUGUCAAGAAAUGUUAUGCUGCUUACCCCUAUAUUUAUUUUAAUUGCUAAAAGAAAAAGUAAAUGAUCAGUCAGCAUUUUGAAUGCUGUAGUGUGAAUGGCCCUCUUGUAACUAUUGCAGCAAUGGCACUUCGAGAGUUAAAAUAUAUUAAAUUUUGUUUAUAAAUGACAAAAGAAAAUUCUUCUUUUUUUUUUUUACACAAUUUAAAACAUUUUUUGGGGAUCUUCAACUUAAAUAUUUAUAUUUCUAAAUUAAUCAGUUGGAAAUCACCUUGUAGAACUUUUUGCUAAGCUAGUUAAGUUUUAUUUACAUAUCAUUUCAGUAGAUAAUCUGUAUCACAUUGAAUGUUGUUUUUUUUAAAUAUUGCAUAUAUUUACAAUAAAAUUGCAGGCUGCUUAUUGAUUGUGACUGGCAUUUUAUAUAUGUUAAAAACACUAAAAACUAAGAGGGAUGAAGAGAAUGAAGAUAUUUUACAGAAUACAGCAUAUAACAGGUAACAAUAUAAUAUAAUAUAUUUGUUAGUUUUCAUUAAAUAGAACAGUGGGCUUUAUAGUUGACCUUCCGAAGAUGCUGAAAACACACAUCAACACUCCAAAUGGAUGGAGCUUUUGUAUUGACUUGUCAUGGCUACCGGUGUGCCAAAAUACAAUGCAAUAUGUCAAAUUAACACUGCAACAAGGAUGGGUGGCUCCCAGUGUGUUACUGAUGACAUAAUAUGUACAUUUCAUCUAUGGUAGCUAAUUCCAGUCCUUUUGAAAGACUCCUACACUGGAUUUAGCCAACACACCCUGACAAGUCAGCACACGCUGAAAAGCCAGCACACCUUGAUUAGCCAACACACUCUGACAAGCAAACACAGUCUGACAUUUUGAUCAUACUUUUCAAAAUUGACUUCAGAAUACAGAGUUAAAUCUCACUGAAGCUGAAAUGGCAUUAUAGAUAUGUCUGUCUCAUUGUUAAAAUUUUAAAAUAAAUUUUAUAUUCUCUAUUUAAGGUGAAGGCUUGAUAGGAUUUUUUAUCUUUAUAAAUUGAGCAUCUUAUCCAUUAUUUUUGUUAUUAGAAAAUUCUACUUGCAUUAAUAUGUUUUAUAGUGCAAUGCUUUCCCAAAAUUAACUUUUGACAGAAGAGCCCAACUUACUUUUGAAUCCUUUUUUGAAUUUUUGUCUUACUAUGCCGCAAAGAGCUGUCCUUUAAAAAACUUUCUGAAUUCGCAACUGUUCAUACAACAAAAAUAAGUAAAUUUUUUUCGGCAGUAAAACUGUCUUUUUUUUUUUUUAAAUGGUUUCCGUCGGAGAAUUAAAAUUGUAAAACUUGUUUGUUGAGGUAGUUUUGGAAUAUAUGGCCAUAUAAAUUAAUUAUGUAUCAAUAGAAAACAUGUGAGAUCUGUUAAGUGUUGAAAUUAGACAGUUAGAAGAAAGGGAUUUUUUUGUUUGACUCAGUUUGGCUAUUAAAAAACUACCACACAGCUGCACAGUACCAGUAUUUACAUUAAAAACGUGGGAUAGACUGAUCAAAAUAUAAAUCAGGAGCCAAGAAUUUUUUCAUAGGAGCAGAGUGUUAAAAAAAUAUUUAUUGAAUUACUGAUAAGUUUUUUAGACCAAGCAUCAUGUUUAAAACCCUUUGAGAUGGUUAUCGGGGUUCUCCAAUUCUUAGGGAAGUGAAAAGACAACUCUUUUUUUGGCAUAGUUCUGAAAAAAGCCUACGUAAAGAUUAAAAGCAUGUUCCAACAGCCUGAGUCUGAAUAAAGUUUAUCUUUCUACAGAUUUGAAGAUGUCCAGGAGGAAGUGGAGGACACUAUGGUGAAUCCCACCAACAGUCCAACGGGUGGCAUGACAAGUGUGGCUGACCAAUCAGAGAUUUUAGACUUGUAGUUUUACCUCACCGCUACCCCAAACUAUAUGUGAUGCAUACAAAUGGUUGUUUUCUGCUGCUGUGACCAUUUAGUUCUGUACUCAAAUCUUCUCACUGCCUUCAUUACUGUUAGACGUUCUCUGUGCUUUAAGCUACAGUAUUACAAAUUUGUGAAGGUGCUAGUUUAUCCGAGUACUUUUAUAAUUAUAACUGUCUUUCUGAAUGAUACAACUUUCAAGAAAAAGAUGCAAAUGUGUGAUGCUCAACUUUAACCUGAUGUAAAUUUUCUCUAUCACAGACAUGAUUCCUGCAGAACUUUAAAAUCUUAUAAAAAAUUAUUCCCUUGCUAUUUUGUUAAAAAAAUCUUUCGAGAGAUGCAUUUUUGUGGAAUUUAUUGAAAGUCUUUUU